GGCGCAUGCUUGCAUCUGCUCCUGAGGAUUAUUCCCCGCUGAAUGCGGGGCUCACCUCCGUCUCAGCCGGAGUCCUCGUGGAGCCCACGUGGUGGGCGGCGCCGCCUCACUGGCCCCUUCUCCCCCUGGGCACCAGUGGCUGCCCUGCCCCGCUCCACUUGCCGGCUCCAGCCACAGGGGCGAGUCUCAGUGCAGGACACAAGUCAGAAGAUCUCAUGCGGGGCCGGCAGGGGAUGGGGCCCGUGAAUGGCAGGUUCCGGAAAAGCGUUGCCAUCACUGGAGGUCCAACCCAAAGAGGCCCCGAUGCCAUUAGGGCUGGGAGAAGCAGAGAAUUCGGGGAGGAAAUGGCGCAGGAGGUCCUGGGUGAGGACAUGGCCAGCCCACACGUGCAGCUGCAGCGUUUUGGGUGCCUCCGCUAUGAGGCAGCCAAGGGACCCCGGAAGGCCUGCAGCCAAGUCCAUCAACUUAACAGUCAGUGGCUGAAGCCGGAGCGACACACGAAAAAUCAAAUGCUGGACCUGGUGGUGCUCGAGCAGUUCCUGGCCGUCCUGCCAGCAGAAGUGGCGAACUGGGUGAAGGAAUGCGGAGCGGAGACGAGUUGCCAGGCAGUGGCCCUGGCGGAGGGCUUCCUCCUGAGCCAGGCCGAGGACAGGAGGCAGGAGCAGCAGCAGGAUCUUAUUGCAGAAGCGGGACCUGAUUCCCCUGCAUGGAAAGAGGCUCCAUUGGGCACAAGGAAGAGCUCGGCACAAAGGGGGAUCUGGCAGGAGGAAGACAGACGUGCUGCCUGGCAGGGGGCUGGAAUGAGGCCAGCGGUGGGUGCUCAGCCUUCUCUUGUGGAACCAGAUGGAGUGGAACCUGAGCAGGCUCUGGUGACCUUUGAGGAGGUCGCCGUGUGCUUCACGGAGGAGGAGUGGGCCCUGCUGGAUGCCGACCAGAGAGCCCUGCACAGCCAGAUCAUGGAAGAGAACCGAGGAACUGUGGCCUCUCUCGAAAUUGACAGGUGGGAUGUGGAGAAUAUGAGAAGACCAAGUGGAAUGUCAGAGAAAAUUAGGAAUAGCAAAGAGGUGGGAAGGGAAACUGAACUAAACCAGAAUAGGAGGAACAAUUCCUUUGCUUCUCAGAGCAAUGGCAACCAUGAUAGCAUAUUCCAAGAAGAAAUACGUAAAAGCCAGGAAAAAGAUCAGUGCCAUGAAAAUAAGGAAACUAUUCCUUCUACAUCAAGUAUCCCAUUGAAGAAACGGUAUACUUGCAAGGAGUGUGGAAAGAGCUUCAGUCAGAAGACCCACAUCACUUGUCAUCAAAGAACCCACACAGGAGAGAAACCGUAUCACUGUCCUCAAUGUGGAAAGAGCUUCAGUCAGAAGAUCCAUCUUACACGACAUCAAAGAACCCACACUGGGGAGAAACCAUUUCAUUGCUUGCAGUGUGGAAAGAGCUUCAGGGACAAGAUGAAUCUGACUUGUCAUCAAAGAACACACACAGGAGAGAAACCAUAUCACUGUUCGAAGUGUGGAAGGAGCUUCAGUCACAAGGUAACCCUUACUCAUCACCGAAGAACUCACACAGGGGAGAAACCGUUCCAUUGUUUGCAUUGUGGAAAGACCUUCAGACACAAAAAGAGUCUCACAUCUCAUCAAAGAGCACACACUGGGGAGAAACCGUUUCAUUGUUUGAAGUGUGGGAGGAGCUUUAGUCACAAGAAAUCUCUUAUGCACCAUCAAAGAACUCAUACAGGGGAGAAGCCCUUUCAUUGUCUGGAGUGUGGAAAGUGCUUCAGUCAGAGUAGGUACCUUCGUUCCCAUCAAAGAUCUCACACAGGGGAGAAACCCUUUCGUUGUUUGGACUGUGGAAAAAGCUUCAGUCAGAAACAUCGUCUCACUUAUCAUCAAAGGACUCAUACAGGGGAGAAACCCUACCAGUGUUUGGAGUGCGGCAAGAGCUUCAGUCUGAAUAAAUACCUUACCUCUCAUCAAAGAAAUCACACAGGGGAGAAACCCUAUCAUUGUUUGGAAUGUGGAAAGAGCUUCAGUGAGAAGGGAACUCUGACGCAGCAUCAAAGAACUCACACCGGGGAGAAGCCGUUUCAUUGUUUGCAGUGUGGAAAGAGCUUCAGUCAGAAGGCAACUCUCACUUCUCAUGAAAGGACCCACACAGGAGAGAAACCUUUUCAUUGUCUGGAGUGUGGAAAGAACUUCAGUCAGAAGAAAUGCCUUACUUCUCAUAAAAGAGUGCACAUAGGAGAGAAACCAUAUCCUUGUUUUGAGUGUGGAAAGAGCUUCACAGAGAUGAGUUCCCUUAGUUCUCAUCAAAUAAUUCACUUAGAGGAGAAAAUAUAGACAUAGUUGGAAUGUGGAGAGUGCUUCAUUCGUGAGGUCAUUCACUUCUCAGCAAAUAUAUAAUCUCUAAAUUUGCUUGGAAUACACAUAAAUUAUCUGAUCUUACAUCUGAUCUCAUAAGUCUCCCAAGGAUAUAUCAUAGAAAAUGGAAUGAGAUUCAUUUAGAAUGAACUCAUAUUUCACAUUAGAGAAUGGAGAAUUGUUACAUAGGUGAAUGCCAGCGAAGUCAUCAAUGUGCUGAAACUACAGCAGCGGAAAAGACAAUAAACAGUUUUCUCAGACAAAUAAAUAGAUAUAAUGGCCAAGAAGAAUUUCUAGAAUAUGGUGCUAGGCAGGUUUUCUCAGUUAAGUCAAUUUCUACUUUCUUUAAUGAAUGUUGUAUUUAUUUUUUGUAAAAGGGUUUAGAAAAAAAUCACACAUUCUAACAGUGGAUGAAUUCACAGAACCAGGAUGAUGCUUCAUAAAAGGAGAAGAGUAGGGAAAAGCGCUCCAUCGUUUCAGGCUACAACAUUUUAUUGUUUAUUAAAUGACUCCUUUUAAUCUAAUAUCCUUCACUGUGGAGAUUUUCUUAAUGAAAACUAGAAUUGUGUGAGAUUCAAACCAGAGUGUUAAAAAUUGGCAUGGGAACAUUCAAGCGUGCUUACCACUGGCACAUUUCUCUUUUUUUAGUCUAGUUUUUGAAAGGUAGAUCAUAGCUUUCUCUCAAACUGUGGUGAAAAGUACAGAUGCACUGUAGUUUGUCUGACUGAGGAAGUUGCCUUUUAGUGGUUGGUAAGAUUCUAAGUAGCAGGUCAAAAGCUCUCAAGUUUAUCCUCCCCUAUCAAGGUCUGUUGCCAUGUGGCAAAAAAUAAGUAAGGCAUUCCUGCCCCAUUAACCCCCAUGUCAGCAGAGUCGCUGCCAGAGUUCCUGGCACCAUCCAGACGAUAUCAUCUGCUCAUUUUAGGAGGACGCUGCAUUGCAGUUGUAUCUGUUAGGUUGGAUGUACAAUGCCUAUGCCUUACAGACAAUGCUGUGUAUUACUACAGGACAGUAUGCAAUAUUGCUGGUGUAAAAUUACUCUGGGGCAUUAUGGGAAAUGAACUCAUAGCCAACUGCCAACCAAGGCCUUUACUCCAAGUCUCAAGUCUCUUAAGCCUCAAGAGCCAACUUUAACAGAAAAAAGGAGGCAUUGGUUGGCAGGGGAGAGUUGUAAACCCCCUCGCCAAAAAGAAGAGCCGAAUCCUGGCCUGGCCUUCCCUCUAUUGCCCUGCCUCCGCAGUGGUCAUGCCUGCCUUCCAGCCCAUCACAGAUGACUUCCACUGAGGUUACCCCAGGAAAUCCUGCCGAAAGCCAAAUGCAGGCGGUAAACCCUGGAGCGACUUGGAGGUAAAACAGCCGAAAUCUUGAGCCAUUCAUUUGUUGCUGCUGUCAAGGUUGAGUCACUGACACAACUUGAGUUGGGCUUGGGGACUCGAGUGGAGCAACUUACUCCCAACAGCGGCUGCUACCGUGGCCAGAUAAGUUAACCAGGGUCCAUAAUUAGAGGAGGGGGCCCAUCUGAGUGCACUUUGCCCCCCCCUCACCUCCAGGAGCUGGCUGUGCAGAUGGCUGUUUUACCGCAGAUGGAUACUUGGCUUCGAAGAAGCAGGGGGUUGGACCCGAGGGCCUUCUAGGCCUCUUCCAGCUGUAUGAUUCUAUGAGACUGAGCACAGUGUGGAGGAAGAAAACAGUUGUUGGAAAGCUUGUGGAUAGUGAUCAACUAGAUCAGCUGGCCAGCAGACUCCCAUACCUUCUGCAGUGAUUGCCAUCAGGUCAGUCCUCCUCGCUGAAGUUCUUCCACUGCCUCCAGCAGCACAUCUCCCCAUAUCUACCAGGUGCUGUUAAAUACUGCAGAAUACUGUAACACCAACAUGGUCAACUCAGAGGAUUCCUCUUGUUCAGGCACUUCAUAGGACCAGGACACAAGAGGCCUUUGUUCCUGGCUCCAAGCACUCAUUCCUCCCCACCUUGCUUGGGCUUAAAACACAUAGGCAGAUGUGGUUGCAUCUGGGGCAAUCUGAGCUGUUAGAAAGCAUGGUUGGUGACAUCACACAUCAUCCUUGCUUGGCAUGUGACAUGUCUGUGAAGAAAGCAGCCUUCUCUUCCAAUAUGGGUAGCUGCAACCAAUGCCUGUUGGUUGAUUAAAAUUCCAUUAGUUGUGACUAGAGUUGACGCUAUCUUACAUUGUUUCAAGCUCCAGAAAGCCAAGAAAUGGGAAGCGAAGGCCCAUGCCAUAACAGUCAUGCCCGGUACCCUGUCCCUUGAUAAGCAGAGCCACAAAAUGUGCUUUUGUAGAACUUACCUUCUGUGGACCCAUAUUUUUCUUGGUCUUUCAUGCCUACAUCCAUGAGAACAUCAGGAGAGUCCUGCGGGAUCAGUCCAAGGGGCCAUCCUUCCACUUGCAUAGUGGACAAGGAACUGCCCAUGGUUAACCCACAAGGAGAACAUGCAUAGCAACACUCUUCCACCCAUGUGUGGAGCCCAGCAGCCUCUGAUACUGGAGGACUAUCAGGACUAGGGGUCCUUGAUUGUCUUCUUCACACAUUCCUCCAGUCCACUCUUAAAGCUGUCCCAAGUGGUGGUGAUCCAGGUGGAAGGGAUGGAGUUUCUAGAGCCAGCAAAAUGGCCCAGCUGGUUUUGUAUUGCUUUACGAAGCAUUUGAACCAAUAGUGCAUUGCUAGAGGAAUUCUGUGCAUCGACCUGAGAAUGCUCACUGCUUACAAUUGCUGGCAGGAUGGAACAAACCAUCGGAGGAGGCCUUCUUCUAGCAACCUUCACCAUCCCUGAUUUUCAUGACCUUCUGAGAAGACUUAAUUGUGUGCGAGUUCAGCUUUUCUUCUGGACUUAGAGCUGCAUCAGAUUUCCACCAGCAGCCACACAACAAAACACUCGGGGUUGCCUUGGAACUUGAGGUGCUUGGAUGGGACAGAAUGUGCUUUGUUGUUGUUGUUAGUUGCGAAGUCGUGUCCGACCCAUGGACAACGCUCCUCCAGGCCUUCCUGUCCUCCACCAUCCCCCGGAGUCCACCCAAGCUCACGCCGACUGCUUCAGUGACUCCAUCCAGCCACCUCACCCUCUGCCCUCCCCUUCUUUUAGAAUGUGCUAGAUGUGUUAAAGAACAAUAUCCAUUAUCUACCACACUUGGGUGGUCACCAGGACACUUGGUGCUGGACCUUGUUGUGGUUGCUGUUGAGCUCAAAUUCCAGGACACAACAAUGCAGGUGGCAGUUGGUGACAAACGUUGGACCCUUUAUUCCGCAACUUGACACAGCUAAGCAUCUAUGAGAUUCCAUAUCCGUGAUCGAACACAUCAAAGGAUACCCCAUAGCACUGAAGCCUGCAGAGCCUGGCCUGUUCCGUUGAGAGCGAGGGUUUUCUGGAACUCCUCUGUGUGAAUCUUACUGGGAUAUGUAACAUUUGGGGGGAAACCCGGUGCCAGGGUGUAGCAUUGUGUGAAUAGCUGGUGACGGACUUUAUAGGGUCAAAACUGGGCAGCAUCAAUUGGAGUGGUCACAAUGGAACAAGGUCCUGAACAAUAACAGCCGUGAACAAAUGUUAUUGACCCAAGGAGGAGAGCUUGAAGCAUAAACAUUGAGCUUCCCAGGGUAAAAAAAAAAACCAAUUAUUUUGAGACAGUUGCAUCAUUCCAUAUUGAUGUACCCAUUUGAUUUGUUGUUGUUCACUAGCUUUUGUACUAGAAAUCCAGAUUUGAGGUAAUAGAUUGGUAGAACAGAUUUAGUAAUGUUGAAAAUAAUCUUGUAUUAAAUGGAAACAAAUUCUGAACACAAGUAAAA